GAUAACGGUUUGAUGAUGAUGUUUUUCUCUCAUGUAUAUCGAAUAUCUAUGUUUGUCUGGUCUCAGCUUCGAAUCUGAUUUGAAUGAUUAAUGUUGUUGUUAUAAACUUUUUCUAGGCAUUCAGUGACACGGGUUGGUAUUCCUUUUAUUCGUUUAUUUGAUGAGAUUUGAGGUCGUUUCUCUUGAGAACUUGAUUUUCAGUGGUUUUUAAGCUCAAAAAAGCCGGCGUGUGGCGCGAUAUUUGUUGAGUUUGCGGGGCAACUAGGCGGGGAUCAAUCUGGUUUUACGUUAUGCCAUUAAGUACCUUGUGUUAGGUAUAUAUUUUAGGUGCGUCGUGGUCGCCCGCACUAAAUUAAUGCUGGCUAAACUUUUCUUUCAUGCUAUCCAUGCGUGUGUACACAUAGAUGUGGUUAAAAACCUUCAUUGGCAGGACAGCUUCUUACAACUCUUUUUUAAAAGUUGUGGCACGUGUUUCAACAGUGUUGACAGUCAAGCCUGUUUAUCCUAGACGCACGUUAUUAGCAAUGGCUUCUAUAUUAGAAGAGAAAUCAUCCGUAGUUUCCUUUGGGGGGUAUCAAAAAGUAUUUUCUCAUGACAGUGUUGAGACAAAAACGAAAAUGUUUUUUGCAAUUUUUCUUCCACCAAAGGCAGAAAGUGAAAAGUGUCCUGUAUUGUAUUGGCUGUCUGGAUUAACCUGCAAUGAACAGAAUUUUAUCACUAAAGCAGGUGCUCAAAGAGUUGCAUCCGAGCUUGGUCUGAUAAUAGUUUGUCCUGAUACAAGUCCUCGUGGGUGUUCCAUUCCAGGAGAAGACGACUCAUGGGAUUUUGGAACAGGUGCAGGUUUUUAUGUUGAUGCAACUGAAGAAAAAUGGAAAAACAAUUACAGAAUGUAUUCAUAUGUAACCAAGGAGUUGACAGAAAUAGUGGAAAACAAUUUCCCUGCUGUAAAAGGAAAGCAGUCCAUAUUUGGCCAUAGCAUGGGAGGGCAUGGAGCACUCGUUUGUGGUUUAAAGCAUCCAGGAAAGUACUUAUCGAUUUCUGCUUUUGCACCUAUUUGCAAUCCCAUGAACUGCCCUUGGGGUAUCAAAGCAUUUAAUGGAUAUCUUGGAGAAAAUAAACAGUCAUGGAAGGAAUAUGAUGCAUGUGAACUUGCUGCAAACUAUUCAGGACCUGAGAUCAGGAUCAUGUGUGACCAGGGAACAGAGGAUGGAUUUCUAAAGCAAGAUCAGCUUUUGCCAGAUAACCUUGUUGCUGCCUGUAGCGAGAACGAUAAAAUCCAUUGUGUGUCAAGACUUCAGAAAGGUUAUGAUCACAGCUAUUAUUUCAUUGCAACAUUUGUUGAAGAGCAUAUACGCUUUCAUGCAGAAACUCUGUUAAAAUAAAACAAAACAAAUAAGUGCAGGCGAAUCAUUCUCGCUUUUUAUUUUCAAAAAACAUUGGAUACAAGAAGUAGUUAAUGUUUGUUCUUUUAUAUGUUUUAUUUAGAAAUGUUUUUUUAAUUUAUAUAAAAUGGUUGUGUGUGUUUAUGUGGUGUCCUUGUUUUUGUAUUGUUUAUUUUAUAAUAAGUGCUGCAAAUAAUUUAUUUUUGAAAUUUGAGUUAAAUUUUAAACUUACUAUUGCAGUAAGAUUGUUGUUUUCCAUUAACACCAUUUGUAUUUGAUUCUUUAUGUGCACUAUUGUAUAUAAUAUCAUCCACUUUAUUUUUAAAAAAUUAAUGAGUGGGCUUGAGUGUUUUACCAUAAAAUAAAACUGUUAAUUCAUAAAACAAAAAAAUACAUUAGAAUUUGGCACAGCAAGCCAUGAGGAAAGAAUCACAUGCAUAUGUCAUAUUAAAAUUUAGAGAGAAUUAUAUAUUAGAUAUUAUAAAAAUUGCAUAAAACUUGUACCCUGACUUAUAAUUUGUUGUUAGCCUUCUUAGAUUACCUUGAGUUGAUUUGUGAAACUUAUUUUUGUGAGGUCUAUAAAAAUAGUCAUGGAAAUAUUUUGCAAAGUUUUUUUUGCAAAUUAACCAUUUUACGGUUUGUUGUGAAUAAUUAAUUUUAAAAAUAUAGUAUUUUUUCGCAAUCUAAUUUA